AUGCCCGCUACUCAACAGAAGGCUGCUCCUCCCAAGCCCCUGCCCUUCCAGUGGCAGUUUGUUGCCGGAGCCGUUGCCGGUGUCUCUGAGAUUCUUACCAUGUAUCCUCUUGAUGUCGUCAAGACCCGUUUCCAGCUUCAGGUCGGAACCGGAGGUGCUGACGGAUACAGCUCCAUUGGCGACUGCUUCAAGAAGAUCAUCAAGAACGAAGGGUUCGGCACACUUUACCGUGGAAUCAUCCCUCCCAUCAUGGUCGAGGCUCCCAAGCGUGCCACCAAGUUUGCCGCCAACGAACAGUACACCAUCCUCUACAGGAGCAUCCUCGGCGAGGAUGUCAACAAGCAGGGUCUCUCCAUCUUGACCGGUGUCAGUGCUGGUAUUACCGAGGCCUUCCUCGUUGUUCCUUUCGAGCUGGUCAAGAUUCGUCUCCAAGAUAAGGCAAACGCUGGCAAAUACAAGGGCUCUUUGGAUGCAUUGACCAAGAUCGUCAAGGCUGAGGGUACCUUGGCUCUGUUCAAUGGUCUCGAGGCUACUCUCUGGCGCCAUGCCAGCUGGAACGGAGGAUACUUCGGAUGCAUUCAGGGUGUCAAGAACAUUAUUCCCGAGGCUGAGACUUCCAACGGAAACUUGGCCCGUAACUUUGUUGCUGGUGCCGUUGGAGGUACCUUUGCCACCAUGUUGAACACUCCCUUCGAUGUUGUCAAGACCCGUAUCCAGAACCAGGCCAAGGGAUCCGUCUUGAAGUACAACUGGACCUUGCCCGGUGUUGCCAUGGUCUAUCGCGAGGAAGGAUUCCGGGCGCUCUACAAGGGAUUCGUGCCAAAGGUUCUCCGUUUGGGACCUGGUGGUGGUAUUCUCCUUGUCGUCUUCGAUACCGUAUCAACCCUGAUCCGCAAGCACGUUCUUCACGAGAACGUUUAA